UCCAGCAAGGGAAAAGCUUUUGGAACCCCCAAAUCACCUUCUGGGUUAUCUCACAGAAACGACCAGAAAUCCAAUCAUCAGAUUUCACAUACAAAUUAUUCAUAUACAUAUUUAUAUGAUUUAAUUUGUGUGGAUCUGAUGCAAGAUUUCUGGUUUGUGUUCUGAACAUAUCUUCCCUUCCCUUAUUAAUUUCUUCUUUUUUUGUUGAUUGUAAUCAAUCAAUCUGUUUUCAUCCCUGGUAGCACUGAUCUUCAAAUCAUUCAAAAUGGUAUGUUGUUAAUUAUUACACCAAAAGCUUGAAAAUUUCGGUAUAAUCUUUCAGUUUCUUGAGAUUUUUUGUUAAAAAACAUAUAGAAAAGAAAACCCACGUUUCCUUUGGGGUAAAAAAAAAAGCCUGGAAUUGUAAAUUCUGGGAAAGUGGGAAGCUCAAAAAGCUUCUUGCAUUUUGUUUUCCCCAAAAGAGCUUCAUGAAAGCUGUAAGAAAACACAAAGGUCUAAUCCUGGAAGUUUUCAACACUUGGGUUAUUGAAAAUUGAUUCUCAAUCGAGAUAAACCCUUGAAUCUAUUUAAAAAAAAAAGAGCAAAAUGGGUGGGAUUUGCUCAAAAUCAAGCUGCGGAAGGGAUAGAAAUGAUUGUGAAGAAGAGGAAAGCAAAUAUUCUGAUGUACAGGUGGCUGCACCUUCGAAGAGACAGGGUGUUUCACAACAUGGUAAAAAUGAGACAAAAGAUUGCCAUAAACAAUCACUAUCUGAAAGGGUACUUGGUUCAAAAAGAAUGCAAAAGAUUAAAAGCAUAGUAGGUGGCACCCAAGGUGCACAAAAAUCAGCCCAAUGGCCCUCAUGGCUAACCUCAGUUGCUCCAGAAGCCGUACACGGAUGGACCCCACGCAGUGCUGACUCAUAUGAGAUGCUAAACAAAAUUGGUCAAGGCACAUAUAGUAGUGUUUACAAAGCACGUGAUUUGCAAAAUGAUAGAAUCGUUGCUAUAAAGAAAGUACGUUUUGUUAAUAUGGAUCCAGAAAGUGUCCGUUUUAUGGCCAGGGAGAUUAGUAUCCUGCGUAGGUUAGACCACCCGAAUGUCAUGAAGCUUCAAGCUUUGGUUACUUCAAAGUUUUCAGGGAGUUUGUAUCUUGUUUUUGAUUAUAUGGAGCAUGAUCUUGCUGGGCUUUUAACAUCUGCAAGAGUCAAAAAGUUCACAGAGCCACAGAUUAAAUGUUAUAUGCAACAACUUCUUCGUGGAAUGGAGCACUGCCAUAAUCGUGGUGUUUUGCAUCGAGAUUUAAAGGGUUCAAAUAUUUUACUUGACAACAAUGGAAUUCUCAAGAUUGGAGAUUUUGGUUUGGCUGCAAGAUUUGAGCCUGGUCAAAAAGAACCGUUGACUAGCCGUGUUGUAACUUUAUGGUAUAGAGCUCCUGAACUUUUGUUCGGCUCGACAUCAUAUGGUGUCGCCAUUGAUAUGUGGAGUGCAGGCUGCAUCCUUGCAGAGCUCUACACAGGAAGGCCUAUCAUGCCAGGAAGAACAGAGGUUGAACAAAUACAUAAGAUCUUCAAGCUUUGUGGUUCACCUUCAGACGAAUAUUGGAUGAAAUCAAGAUUACCUCAUGCGACUAGUUUUAAACCUAAACAUCCUUACGAUCGUCGAGUUUCUGAGAUAUUUCAACAGCAUAUGCCUCCUUCUGCUUUGGCUCUUUUGGAUACCCUCCUUGCAAUCGAUCCAGAAAAACGUGGUACUGCAACUUCCGCACUCGCUAGUGAGUUCUUCACGACGAGCCCUCUUCCUUGUGAUCCAUCGGAAUUACCAGAAUACCCUCCAAGCAAAGAAUUUGAUGCUAGGUAUCGAGCAGAGGAAGCUAGAAGGCGGAAAGCUGAAGCGAUGAAAGGACAUGUGCCUGAAUCUGUUAGGGUUGGUGUUGUCGAAUGGAAAGCACAAUCUAAAGCACAGGUGGCGAUGAAUGCGAGAAACUUCAAUGCUCAAGGGGAGAAUCGAAACGUGAAGAAAGGAUUCUCGUAUUCCAACUCAGAGAUCCAUCAAAGUGCAGUUGCGGGAUAUUCUAAGAAUAUAAACGAUGAUGCUUGUACAAGUUUAAGGAUGGGGCCUUUACGGAUUGAUCCUGCUAUGAAGCGACCGAUGUCUAACACCCAUCAAGCAGCAGAUCCCAUGAAGCUCGAUAACCCUGGGCAAGGAAAGAGGGUAAACAGAGAAUAUUCUGGACCGUUGAUGCCAGGUGGAAGGACGGAGGACAUGCUGAAAGAACACGAAAGACAUGUUCAAGCUGCAGUCCGAAGAGCACGAGCAGAUAAGAACAAAAGUAGAAUGGCAUGAUAAAAUUGUAGUUUCAUGGGAGUCAAAAUGAUGAUAUGUUUGAACGUGAAGAAGUGCGGCUGUUGUGAAACAUAAGGCAAAACAGAACGAAGAUACAAAGGGGUGAAGCUGCGGGUUUCAUGGUGGAAUCGGUGGUGAUGUUUGUUGUUGUGUGGCUGGAAGGAAUUAUUCAGGCUUAAAACAAUAAAUAAGUAAAGCAUACCAUUGUAAAAAACACAAGUUGAAAUGUUUGAAAUAGAGAUACAGUCGCUUUCUGGUUUACAUAAUAAUGAUUCCUCGUGUUAUAGCAA